AUGAAAUUCCUCGCAAGCCUUCUUUUCGCCGGAAUCGCCCUCGCGGCUGCCGUUCCGGGUCCCGCAGAAGACAUGGUAGAGAAAAGAUGCCACGCGAAGGACCAAUACUGCGCUGCCAACUCCAUCUGCUGCUCUGGGGUGUGCAUCGGGGCCAACAACCGUUUUGGAGGCUACUGCAAAACGUUGUGCUUUCCCUUCGCGCCGCCCUUUUACGGCCCGACGCCGCUGCCGCCGUCCCCCUCGCUGACGUCGCUGCUGCGGCCCUCCCGGCCGACGACGCCCGAUGCCUCGGACGACGAAAACGUGGCGCCGCUGCCGCGGGCGGCGCCCAAGGUGCCGACGUACGAGUACUACGGCUUCGUGCUGUACCUCUUCAGCAGCCUGACGUUCCUGCUGUGGCUGCCGUGGAGCUACACGCCCGCGCCGUUCCUGCUUGCGCUCGGCAUCCGCUACUACCCGGACCGGUGGUGGGCGCUGGCGACGCCGGCGUUUCUCGUCAUGACGCUCGUCUACAUCUACGUCGCGCUAGCGUCGUACAACACUGAGAUGCUGACGGCCGAUGACAGAAAGGAUUCAUACUACCAACGCUUCGCGGACUGGAACAAAGCAGGCCGCGGGUUUCAGAAGAACAAGCUCGACCACGACGCCACUAUGCUGCCUGAUGCGUCUGUCCGGGCUCUACAAACGCGCCGAAGCAAGAAAACAAAAGAUAUGUGGUUCUAUGGGGAGUCACUUUACAAAAGAUUCGCGAACAACGUGGCAUUGAAUACGGACUACAGGACACUCGAUACAUAUCGCGAACAAGAAAUCGUUCUCAAGUCCAUUCACGGCCAUGUCUUCUCCCUCUUCGAAACAUUCAGCUGGAGCUCAGACAGCUACUUCAUAAUAUCUCCCUCAGGGGCUUCCGAUCCAAGUGAAACAUGGCAGGAGUUGGCUGAUCUUGCCUUUGGCACGAGCGUUUUGGUACGCAACGGGCAAACGCCUCACGCUAAAAGCAACCUACAAAGGAUCGACGACCUUCUUGAGCAAACCGCGACGACUCCGGAUCCAUUCUUCGCGGCAAAGUUCUGGAGAUUCAGCAAGUACUUCUAUGAUAUCUGCGAAAACGAGCAAAAUUUCAAUCUUCUCUACACCAUGUUCAAUCACUACAAAUGCCUCAUUGAGAACAGAUGCAGCAAAGAACAUCCGCUUGUUUCAAUGCUCAACGCUCUAUGUCAAGUCGAAAUCAAGGAUCUUCGUGACACCCUGCGCAUCGGAUAUCUCAUGUCGAUUCGGGCACUCAAGUCUUGUAUCCAUGGGGAUCACCCUGUUACGCUCUCCAUGUGGUCAAACUAUUUCAAGGAAUGGGACUCGAAUGGUUCAUUUCAGAGUCAACUCGCCGAAUCUUAUAGGAGAUUACUUCAACAGGCCGACCAGGAUCCAAAGUUUAAAGAUCAACCUGAUUUUGCGAUUCCUUUGCUGCACAGGUAUACUUACUUUGUGUACUAUGUUCUCCAAGACGACACGCUCAGCCUUCAGCUUGGAAAAGAUCUGUUAGAUAGAAGCAGAUGUAGCAUGGUCUUCCAGCGGACUCGCAGAUGGGCACCCGAAUCCCAGGCGUUUGCCUUUGCAUCAAAGGUGCUGGGACUUGUCAGCCGGAAGCUCGGCAAUCAGGCUGCAUUCGAAUACUACUACAACGCAGCCAUAGCCAUGUUCUGUACUGGAGAUGACGAGUGUCGGACGAGGGCUCUGAUGCUGCGCAGUGAACUCGCCGAGGCAUUGGACACAUGGAAUGGCUCUAAUACUGCAGAUUGA